GGAGGUUCUGAGCUCUGUGAUGUGUUAGCAGAGGUUCAGUCUGAUGCUCAGACAGUCUGCAGCAGCAUCAUGGAGGUUACAGCUCUCUGCAUCCGACUCUUGGUGGAUGUGUUCGUCCUGCUGGCUGCACAAGUGGACCACAGUUACUCUGCUCAGAAAGCUGACACAGUUUUUCUUCGUGUUGAUCCAAAGAGACUUCAGGUCUUUGAAUAUAAAUCUUUCUCUGUGACCUGUGAGGGGAUUGAUGGCGUCUCUGAAUGGAGAGUGAUGAGGAAGCUGCAGAAAGCGUCUGAAGCUAAUUCUUCUUCUAACACGUGCAUCUCAUUGGAGUCUUCCUGCACAUUUGAUCCUGCAUUUCGAAUAGACAGCGGAGAAUACUGGUGUGAAAAUGAAGACGGACGAACAAGUGACACCGUCAACAUCACUGUUGCUGGUUCUGUGAUGCUGGAAAUUCCUGAGCAGCCUGUGAUGGAGGGAGAUGAUGUGACUCUUCGCUGUAUCAACAAGAAAACUAAGUCUAAAGACACAGUUGAUUUCUACAAAGAUGGCAUCCAUCUCAAGACGAGGUAUGACGACAUGAUCUAUAUAAUCCAGAGUGUCUCCAAGUCUAAUGAAGGACUCUACAAGUGCAACAUCCCCGGAUAUGGAGAGUCGCCUAAGAUGUGGUUGGCUGUAGAGAAACAAAAAACAGUCAUUACAGAACCUCCCAAAGACAUUGAACUGUCAGACAGUGAUGUCCCUGAAACCCCCAUGUUAUGGAUUGUUGGUGUUUUGUUGGUGGCUCUGCUGUUGCUGCUGAUGGGAGCACUGCUCUGCAGCAAACACAAAGUCUGUCUUUCAUCUGGAAAAUCAUCACCAGGGCGUGACGACAACACGGUCUUGAGAGAGGACAAUGUGACCGAUCCACAUCAUGCAACAUAUGCUGUUGUCAAUAAGCAAAGGAAGAGGAAAGGAGGAGAUGAUCCGAACCACAUGACAUACUCUUUUGUUACAAUGUCAGAACCAUCAGAGUCCAGUGCAGCCACCAGUGCACUAGAGGAGGGCAUCAUCUACUCUUCAGUCAGCAUAAACAGACAGGUGAUGAGAGCAGCCAAUGAGCCAUGUAGAAAGGACAACGAUGUCAUUUACUCUUCCAUUAACAGAAAGUGACAGCUGACUGAAGACGAGGAGACGCUCAGUUUAAAGCUCUGCUUCUGGAUUUUACUUUGCAAAGGAGGAAGACAUGCUCAGGGAUGUUACAGUAACUCAGCACCUUUUCAAUUUAUGACAUAGUUUUCAGUCUGUAUAGAAUAAUAUUUAAACUUGUAAAGAAAAGUAUGCUAAUUUGCUCCUUUUAAAAUACUUGCAAAGCCCAUUUUUAACCACCUCUCCAUAACCAAUGCUGUAUUUUUAAUCAAAAACUAACAAGUGGUGUAAAUUCUGUCCAAAUACUGUUUUACUCUUUUUUUAAAAAAGUGAAUCAUCUGCUUUUAUAUACAGUAACACACAAUUUCCUCCCUGUGAGUGGAUGUUUCUCCAGCUGUUGUAGUUCAGUUGAAGGAAAACCACAAUAAUAAAGAAAAAAAGCCAAACGCAGCCUUUACCAAUGUUACGUUCUUGUGCAACACAGAGGUCAUGGUGAGGUCACAGCAGAAAUGAUUGGAGGUCUUUGACACCAAACAGCAGGAUUUCAGUUGGUGUGGAAACCAAAGAUGUUUCAGUUCUUUAAAAAAUAAUCAACCGUCAGGUUUUAGUGUCACUUCCUCAAACUCAAAGAUCUUCUUUUAAAAGCAGCCACAAUCACAGGGAGACAUUAGACUGUCUGUAUAUAAAUCUAUAUGUUUUAUAAGAACAAAAACAGCUGACAAGGCAGGCUGAAAAAAAGUGGAUUUAACAGAAAAAGAAAGUUUAAAUGCAGCAGUGUGACACUAUUUUUAUAUAGUUUUAACUUUUCACAGAUGUUUCAGCAAAGUGACAAAGUUUAGAUCAGACAUUAUUUGAUCAAUAAAGCCUCCGUGUUACAAGAAGUUUUUUCAUGCAUUUUCUUUUCUAAACUUUAUUUCUUGUCAUUACUACAAAAAAAACUCUCAUGAGAGCAUCACAGGCUAAAAUUAAAGGCCCUUCAGUGUCUUUAUUUGACUUCAGCAUAAAGAUCUUUCUAAAAUGAUUUGAUGCCUUCAGGUGCUUCACGUGUUUCUUGACCUUACCUUACC